ACUAUGUAGUUGGUGUGGCUGUAGGUCAAAUAUAAAAUUAAAAAUUUUAUAUUUCGACAAGUAUCCAGUUUGGAGAGUUUAGUGAAUGCAAAUAGAAUACGAUUCUGAGUUAAGUGACGUCAUAGGCAUAAAAUAUCAAAAAUUCUUCUAAGUCCCCAAGGUCAUUAUGUAGUUGGUGUUGUUGUUAUUCUUUUAUUAUAAUUUUCUUAUCUUAUUAAAGAUCACGUUCGAGUGCUCUUAUGAAUAAAAUAAUCUAAAGUGUUUACGGUACUUGACUUUCAAGAGACACUCGACGGAAUUUAAAUCUGGGGUACCACUCGACUCUUUUGACUUUGACAUUUAAUAUAUAAGGUGAAAAAUAAUACACUAAGGCUUUAGUAGUAACUUAACGUACAAACGUAUUUGUAUUGUACACUAUUAUAAAUAAUAAUGUCUUUUUUAGAAUGUUUGGAAUCGACAACCGAGGAAACCGAAAUGACGCUGGGAGAAUUGAAGAAGAAGCGUUGUUACUCGGAAGAAAGUUCAGAAAACUCGAAGAAGAAGUCGAAAAAAGAAGAAACAGAAGAGUCAAUCUUACCAGAAGUUUUAGAGAUGACAGUUCCCAGGUUUGUGAUAUAUUGCCGAGAGAGAUUAGAGUUGGAAAUAAAAACAGAAAAAGAAGAGAUGAUACAAGUGUUAACGACUAUGAAUGUGGAAGAAGAGAACGAGACGAAAUUUCCGAUGUGGAAUCUAAUACUAAUGUUUUUGAUAAUCAACGAGGAUUUUUUGAAUGGGAAACGGACUGGUCCGCUAUUAACGAAGACGAUGAUGGAGAAAGUAGAGAUGGAGAAACAAAUGAAGGCUAUAGACUUGACGAUAUAUCCGAAAAUACUUCGUUUUAUGAAUCUUUUGAGGAAGAAUUUGAAGACUGUCUUGGAGAAAUGUCCGUUACUAUCGCUAAUAAACACGUCUCGGGAAAACAUAGAUUUAUCCACAGAAUAUGUGUGCCUAGCGGACCUAAUGGAUUAUUACGAUGUAUGUCAGAACUGUCGGAAAGUAUUAGAAAAUAUAGCCCCUUACACUGGUAUAUCGUCGCGAGUCACAGAGAACACAUCCACGUUGUCCACGUAUGUAAAUGGUCCACUCAAAGCUGUAGAUGUAGAUGGAUCCAAGAAAGCUACUUGUUCCAGAGAGACGUCGUCGCCGGUAGAAAGAGGAUUGUUCGAGCUGCCGGGCUUGACGCCCGAGCAUGGCGAAGAAUUCUUAACUACUUAUCUCACGACGAGAGGAUCGUCGAAGAAAUUGGUGGGUUCACAGAAAAUGGCAGACUAUGUGAUAGAUUUAAACAUUUAUCGGUACGUAUUGUGUAACAGAAUAUUGUACAUUUGUGAAAAUACUUUUAGAGAUAAAGAAAGACAUUUGAAUUAUAUAAAACCUUUAACGUUUAAAAGACCACCGUUAGUUGAUAAAUAUUAUACGGCGGGAACUCCGUUAUUUCAAUUUUUCGACGAUUAUUGUAACGGAGAUUGGUAUAAAAUUCUUAGAAUGUCGGAAUUUACAUUACGAAACUAUAGAAUAAACGCGGGUAAAUGUUUUAGAAAUCUCGUGUCUACUUAUCACGAGUGGAAAAAAGAAAUACAAAAUUGUUAUCAAUGUGACACGUGUACUUUUUUUCAUAUAAGAUAUAUGAACACUGAACAAUUUGAAGAUUUUUUAGAUAUACAUCCUCAUUUAAACGAAACAACUAUAGAUUUUAUAUACGCUAAUUGUGUUAAAAAAUUAGACGAAUAAAAUAAAAAUUAUUACU